UAGAUAGCUUAUAAAGUGAUGAUCAUUCCCAAUAUCUCAAUUGUGUUAUUCACAUGGCACGAUCUAGCAGUUUCCUACUAAUGUUCUUGGUUCUUUUUGCUUCAUUUUGUAACUGUAUAGAAGGAAGAAAUCUCGUUGUGGGAGGAGAGAAGCAGUGGAAGAAGAUGAACAUGAAGCCUCCUUCAAGGGAUAGUUUGUUUCUAAGUGCACUUCCUAAGGGUACUGUUCCAUCUUCUUCUCCAACUAAAAAAGGACAUGCUGUUGUUGUUGAUGAGAAGCUCAUAGAACGACACCUCAUAAGCAUGGAUCGUCGUCUUCUUAUUGUAUCUGCCCCUAGCCCUGGAAUUGGCCAUUAAUUUUUCUUUUUCCAAUUUUGAUCUUUUUUUUAUUGGCAA